AUGUCAAUCUGUUCAUCUCCUAUCUAUCUAUUCACUCGAGACUAUAAAGUUCUCUCUCUCUCUCUCUCUCUCUCUCUCUCUCUCGCUCUCUCUCAGUCUGAAUUUAUCAUAUCUACUUAUCUGAAUUUAACAACUCCACUUUUUCACAUAUUCCCUCUCACUUUCUCUCUUCCUUUGUUUCCUCGUUGCUCUCUUUCUUUCCCUUCCCACUUUCUCUCUUCCCCUGCUUCCUCUUUGCUCUCUUUCUUUCCCUCUCACUUUCUCUCUUCCCCUGCUUCCUCUUUGCUCUCUUUCUUUCCCUCUCACUUUCUCUCUUCCCCUGCUUCCUCUUUGCUCUCUUUCUUUCCCUUCUCCUUUCUCUCUUCCCCUGCUUCCUCUUUUGCUCUCUUUCUUUCCCUUCUCACUUUCUCUCUUCCCCUGCUUCCUCUUUGCUCUCUUUCUUUCCCUUCUCACUUUCUCUCUUCCCCUGCUUCCUCUUUGCUCUCUUUCUUUCCCUCUCACUUUCUCUCUUCCCCUGCUUCCUCUUUGCUCUCUUUCUUUCCCUCUCACUUUCUCUCUUCCCCUGCUUCCUCUUUGCUCUCUUUCUUUCCCUUCUCACUUUCUCUCUUCCCCUGCUUCCUCUUUUGCUCUCUUUCUUUUUCCCUCUCACUUUUCUCUCUUCCCCUGCUUCCACUUUGCUCUCUUUCUUUUCCCCUCUCACUUUCUCUCUUCCCCUGCUUCCUCUUUGCUCUCUUUCUUUCCCUCUCACUUUCUCUCUUCCUUUGUUUCCUCGUUGCUCUCUUUCUUUCCCUCUCACUUUCUCUCUUCCUUUGUUUCCUCGUUGCUCUCUUUCUUUCCCUCUCACUUUCUCUCUUCCCUUGUUUCCUCUUUCCUCUCUUUCUUUCCCUCUCACUUUCUAUCUUCCCCUGCUUCCUCUUUGCUCUCUUUCUUUCCCUCUCACUUUCUCUCUUCCCCUGCUUCCUCUUUGCUCUCUUUCUUUACCUCUCACUUUCUCUCUUCCCCUGCUUCCUCUUUGCUCUCUUUCUUUCCCUCUCACUUUCUCUCUUCCCCUGCUUCCUCUUUGUUCUCUUUCUUUCCCUCUCACUUUCUCUCUUCCCCUGCUUCCUCUUUGUUCUCUUUCUUUCCCUCUCACUUUCUCUCUUCCCCUGCUUCCUCUUUGCUCUCUUUCUUUCCCUUCCCACUUUCUCUCUUCCCCUGCUUCCUCUUUGUUCUCUUUCUUUCCCUCUCACUUUUCUCUUCCCCUGCUUCCACUUUGCUCUCUUUCUUUCCCUCUCACUUUCUCUCUUCCCCUGCUUCCUCUUUGCUCUCUUUCUUUUCCUCUCACUUUCUCUCUUCCCCUGCUUCCUCUUUUUGCUUAUCUUUCUUUCCCUCUCUCUUUUUCUUUCCACAUUGCUUUCCAUCUUCUUUUUACAUUAA